ACCUGGAACGUAUCAUGUCUGAAGUACAGGGGACGUUGGAGUUUUCCAUAGAGCUGAACAAGUUUCACAAUGUGGAUCUCUUCCAGAGAGGAUUCUACCAGGUCCGAGCAGGGCUGAAGGUCUCUCCUCGCGUACCACACAGGUUGAUAGCAACAACCCCAGGGAAUACAGGUGACUGUAGUUUCAGCUCUGCGGGGGUCCAUGAUGGGGUCCAUGAGGACACUAUGGUGUUCAGUCGGAUCUUCCAGAUACUCUACCGGAACGAAGAGGUCAACGUUGAUGACCGCAUGCUCUUCAAGGUCCACCUGUUGCUGGAUGGGGAGAGGGUGGAAGAGGCUCUGAGUGAAGUGGACUUUCAGUUAAAGCUGGAUCUUCACUUCACAGACAACGAGCAACAGUUAGGGGACAUCGUGACACCCAUCAUCAGCAGUAGAACCCUGGGUCUCCACUUCCACCCCAGGAGAGGUCUCCACCACCAUGUACCUGUCAUGUUUGACUACUUCCACCUGUCCGUCAUCUCUGUUUCCAUACACGCAUCCUUGGUGGCCUUACAUCAACCACUCAUCAGUUUUGCCCAUACAGGGAAGAGUUCCUGGCUGGGAAAGGGCUCCCCAGAGAACGGUACUGACCCGUCAGCCAUGGGGGUGUCCAUGGAGAACCUGAUGUUCGGGGCUGGAUACUGCAAACCUGUCAUCACAGAGGGUAGUUUCUACGUCCCCAGUGAGAACUGUUUACAGAAAGCUCACACAUGGCAUGGUAGACUCUGUCGCCUCCUACUGGUUGUACACAGAGGCCUACGUUCCUACUACACCACUGUGAUGAAGGAGAUACCACAGCUGGACCAGGUGAACAUAGAUGAGAUUCCUGUGGAAGAAACACUAAAUCAGCUCAAAAUGGAAUUACAGCUGCAGGAGGGACAUGAGAAAGUAGCAGAACAGAUCUGUAGAGACCUGACCCAACUCUGCUCCCAACUGUCGGCCCUGUGGACACGCUUCCUGGAGGCUGCCGUUCCCAACACACAUAUCCUGUCCCACCUGGCCCAGGAACACCACACACUCAGGGUCAGGCGGUUUUCAGAGGCAUACUUCUUCACAGAACACCCCAAAGAGACAUCCCUGACAUUUCAAGAGGACCUGAUCAACAGACACGGUCAGAUAGCUGUGGAGGUGCGUAGCUCCAACUACCUGACCAGGAUGCCACCGUUACCUGUAGAAUGCCUGGACAUUGACGGAGACUGGAAUAGCCUGCCUAUCAUCUUCGAAGAUAGAUAUGUAGAGUCUCCACGGACAGAUUGGGGAUCAUACAUGCCAACACCUCUGUCCUCCAGUGAGCAGGCCAUCCCCGAGCCUCCUGUCACUGAUGCCAACAAUAGCCCUCCUCCCCUGGACCAGCUCACCAGCUCACCAGCAAUACCAACCCAGGAACUUAAAGACAGUGAGGACUGCAUGGACCUGUCUACAUACGGGUCUCUCAUAGGAGAGCAGAGCACCAGCAUUACUGACAAAAUAGGAGAGACAUCAGACCCAGACCAGGCAGACCCAGUCCAGGCCGACCCAGUCCAGGCAGACCCAGUCCAGGCAGACCCAGUCCAGACAGACCCAGACCAGGCAGACCCAGACCAGGGAGACCCAGUCCAGGCAGACCCAGUCCAGGGAGACCCAGACAAGGCAGACCCAGUCCAGGCAGACCCAGUCCAGGCAGACCCAGUCCAGGCAGAACCAGACCAGGGAGACCCAGACCAGGGAGACCCAGUCCAGCCAGGGGAUCCAGAGGAGCAGGCCAAGGCAGAGGAGAUCUCAGAGGAUAGCCCUGGUUUAGGCCUGAGGAUAAUCAGAGUCAGGCCCACUGAUGUGGAUCCAUUCAGAGGAGAGGCAGUGCUAAUGAUCUCCUCCAACCACAAACAGUGUACGGACCCACAACAUACCUCUAACCGUGAAGACACGACUUGGAAAGACUUGGAGAACCACCAGGACAUCAUCACACAGAGAUACCAGAACAUUAUCAGUACAGGAAUUGACUUGGAUGUAGAAGAGAAUGACAUUGCUAUGGACGACGACAGCAAGGAUGUUCCUCUGAGCCGUCUAACCACUUACCCCCAGGCUCCACUCAAAGAUCAUCCUCUCACGCACCCUCUACCUACGGACCUGAGGAGAGAGCUGGCCCACCGAGGGGUGGUGGGGGUGGGGGGCUCCAAGAUAAUGAACCGCUCCCCCUCCGUCAUCUCCGACUCGGGCAUUGAGAGUGAGCCCAGCUCGAUGGCCUGGCUCCUGGAUGCUCACCGGACUGGAGGAGGGCGCCCUCUGGAGGAGAUAAUGGUACUGCAGCGCCUGGAGAGGAGACACCCAGCCCACCGCAGCUCCCUGGAGGGCCUGCAGACAGAGAGUGGAGCCAGCGGGGGCAGCCUGCCCAGCGGAGGGGGUGGCAGCAUGGGUAUCCAGGCCUCCCUCACCUCUAUCUCGUCCCUGCCCUACGAGGAUGACGAGGAACAGAGGUACCAGCAACAGCUCAGUAAACUGACCAAGUCUGUCUCAGCUCCUCAGAUCUCCAGCCCUGAGGACACAGAAGAGGACCAGGGAGGAGCGGAGGAGGUAGACACGGAGAGCGAGGGGACCAGUGGGUACCAGGACCAGGAGGAGGGAUGCUCCUCCAUCUCCACUGCUCCCACCAAUGUAAUGACUGGGGACUUGAUUAGACACCAGGAGUCCUUAUCCGGGGGACACUACUCCUCUCUAGAGGACAUCCAAGAGGGAGAGCUGCCUGAGGUUGGUCUGUUUGACUGGGUAGCAGCGCCCUCACCACCCCAGCAUGUGACCAGAGCUCAUAUGGAGAGUUGUCAUGUUCUUAAAGAAACUCUUAGAUCUAAUGAAUCUGCUUUGCCAGUGGCCCUGUCAGACACUCAGGACAUGAAAGCAGUAUUAAGUGGCAUUAGUCGAGUACCGGAAGUCUUGCUGUUCCAACAGUAUGUUGAAGGCCAUGAUGACGUGAAGGAUCCAGCUGUAGUCAGUCAGAUGGAGGAUAAGAACCAUCACAGAGGAGAUAGCCGUGGUGUCUCAAACUCACUGGACCCAGGUCCCUGUGAAGUAGACAUCGCCCCCUGUAGCUGUGAGACAAAACCCUGUGAACAUGACCGCAGUGUGCUGGUGGAUGAUGUGGAGGAUUAUCCAGUCAGGGAUGACUGUCAGAGUCUCCAUCAGAUUGGGUUGAAUGACCUUGUUGACCAGGACCUACUGGAUCAUCAUCAUACUCCCUGCCAGAGCCUCCAUCGGGUCGGGCUGCGUGACCUGGUGGUGGUCUCACAGAGGAAGAGCCUCCAUGACCCCAGGCCUAUCCCCUCUAUUCCCAACCACACAGAGAGACCCAUCCACCUCAUUGGCCUUACUGGCAAUGAUACGGCCAGGGCUGAUGACCUCAUAGGGCUCCCGGCCAAUGAGCGAGAGCAGCUGGAUCUCAACGGUCAGACAAAGCCGGCUAAGAUCCCCAGUAGCUCGGAGUCAGGGUCAGGCUCGGGGUCAAACUCAGGGUCAGGCCUGUCCUUUAUGAACAGGAAGGUGGUGGAGGUGGUGAAUAUGUCUGUGUCCUGUGCUCCGACCUGUCUUCCCUUCUCCUCCGUACUCCGGGACUCACCGUCCAUUAGCGGCAUCUCCACCCGACAAGCCGCAUCCCCCAUUACCCAUCAGCCCCUGGGGUCCUUCGGCAUCAUCUCCUCGUCCUCGUCCAACUCCCUGGGGCCAGACGACGACACAAACGAGAGGAUGCUGCAUUUCUACAGGUCCAAAGAGGAUCUGGUGAAAGACCUGGUGUUCCAGGCAACCCUGUACAGUGGCCUCCCUCACCUGGCCUCCGACCUGCCCUAUUUCCCCCCUGAGGAGGAGGAGGAGGAGUUUGAGGAUGGCAUACACCUGGUCGUCUGUGUCCACGGCCUUGAUGGGAACAGUGCAGACCUUCGCCUGGUGAAGACCUUCAUAGAGCUGGGUUUGCCAGGGUCCAGACUGGACUUCCUCAUGUCUGAGAGGAACCAGACUGACACGUUUGCAGAUUUUGACACCAUGACGGACAGGCUAAUAGACGAGAUCAUCCAGCACAUUCAGCUGUACAACCUCACCGUCGGACGGAUAAGUUUCAUCGGUCACUCUUUGGGGAACGUGAUUAUCCGGUCGGUGCUGACAAGGCCUCGGUUCCGCUGCUACCUGGUCAAACUGCACACCUUCCUGUCUCUGUCUGGACCACACCUGGGAACGCUGUACAACAACAGCACGCUGGUCAGCACAGGUCUGUGGCUGAUGCAGAAGCUGAAGAAAUCUGGAUCGUUGCUGCAGCUCACAUGCAGAGAUCACACCGAUCCUCGGAAAACCUUCCUCUAUCUUCUCAGUCAGAAACCAGGGCUCCAGUUCUUCAAGAAUGUGGUGUUGGUGGCAUCGCCUCAGGACCGAUAUGUUCCCUUCCACUCUGCAAGGAUAGAGAUGUGCAGGACUGCACUCAAAGACAGGACCACAGGUCCAGUGUACACAGAGAUGAUCAACAACCUGCUCCAGCCAUUGGUGGGGGCUAAGGACUGUCGUCUGAUUCGCCAGAAUGUGUUCCACGCCCUGCCCAACACCGCCAACUCCCUGAUUGGCCGAGCAGCACACAUCGCCGUCCUCGACUCGGAAAUCUUCCUGGAGAAGUUCUUCCUGGUCGCAGGGCUCAACUACUUCAAAUAGAACUUAAAACUACUUCAAAUAGUACUUCAAACUACUUUAAAGGGAUACGUCAGGAUUUUGACAAUGAAGCCUUUUAGCUAUUUCCCCAGAGUCAGAUGAACUUGUGGAUUCCAUUUUUAUGUCUCUGUGUGCAGUUUGAAGGAAGUUGCUAACUAGCAGGAGCACAAUUGCAAACUAGCGUUAGGGCAAUGACAGGAAGUAUAUGGAAACUGCUAGCCUCCUAGUAGAAACCGCAGACUUCCAGUCAUUGGGCUGACACUAGUUAGCAUUGGCUCGCGAAACUACCUCUAACUUCCUUCAUACUGGAUGCAUUGACAUAAAAAUGGUAUCCACUAGUUCAUCUGACUCUGGGGAAGUAAAUACAAUGCUUAAUUGACAGAAUCCUGAAGUAUCCCUUUAGAUAGAGGCUCAAAUAUUUAAAAAAGUAGAACCACUACUUCAAAUUGAGCUGUAGCUGUAGAGAAACUGGCUCAGAGAGGCUCUAGGUCUAUAUGAAGAUCUCCUUGUUGUGGUUUACUGGAUAGGAGGAUUUGGUUGCACCAUGACUAUGUACAGUGUAUAUUUAAAGUAUGUAUACCUAUGUUACCCCUGUUGUCAAAGAGGUGGUCAUAAGCUCUAUACAUCCCAUCCAUAUUAACAGCUGUAUACAGUAUGUCAAGUGAAACAACUGACGUGGCGCAUCGUGUGGCUCAUAUUGGUGUAGUAUAGGCCUUAUGAACACGCCUUCACCCCAAAGUAUAGUCAAUAUGAUGUACAUGUAAUGUUCACCUCAAAACGCUACCAUUUCAUUUUGGUAUGUAUCCUGACCUGAAGUGGCUAGUCUGAAUGAAUCACUGGAUGAAGGAUCUACUUGAAGGAGUACAUGUAUGCAUUUGUUUAAAAAACGAAGGAGAUAGUUGUUUGGAAUUUAACUCUGUAAUUGUAAAUGUUAUAAUACACGUGUCAAACUCCACAUAGAACUGUGGUGAUAUUAUAUUGUACAAAUGUUUCUUUUUACGAAAAUGAUUUAUAUAUAAUUUUAAAUGAUGUAUUUUAAAUUAUACCAUAUCCAUACGUUUGUCAGACUAUGACCAUUGUGAUGUGGAUUUUAUAUCAUACAAUUUCAACACAUAACAUGAAGGCCAAAUCAAGAGGUGAACCUUCUCUGCAGUAUACACUGUAAUAUAUACAAUGCAAGAAAAAGGUGUUCUAUAUAUUUCUUGUAUACGUUUAUAUACAGUAUAUUACAUAUCUAAAAAGUGUAUGUUUGUUGAAAGCAUUUAUGUGUGUCCAUCAAACUGCUGAGUUGAGUUGAAUGCUUAUCAACCAUGUAAUGCCUUUGUGUUCUUUAAAAUAAKGUAUAUCCCAACCUCCUCCAUAAGGUAUUGUGUACCUUCUACCGACUGUAGUGAUCCUAUUGAGAUAUGAGUAUUUCUACUACUACUAAGAUAUGAAUAUCACUAUACUGAGAUAUGGG